GCCUCAUGUUCUUUCCUCUCCCCUACUACUCCCCGUCUCCCUUCCUCGCCCUUCUCCUACCUAUCCACUCUUCUCCCUUGCGGCCACACCUCGUCGCUGGUUUAAGAUCCGGCAGCCGGCCCCCUUCCGCCCGGAGGAACUUCGGCGGGAGAGCAGUUCCCUUGCACCCCAGGUUUCAGAGUUAUGGCGAGAUUUCCAAGAGCCCGAAACCUCCCAGCUCGUCGAGGUAGGUCAUCUUCAUCUGAUGCGCGUUCCAGCUGUUGGAAGACAAAAGAAGCAGACGAACAGAGUGAUUUGCCAUUGGCCUGUGAGAAAAGAGAAUGGAAAGGUGCAACUUGCCCAGUUUGCUUGGAGCAUCCACAUGAUGCCGUCCUCCUCCUCUGUACUUCUCACCACAAGGGUUGCCGGCCUUAUAUGUGUGGCACCAACUACCAUCACUCUAACUGUCUUGAACACUUCAAAGAAGCUUAUGCGAAAGAGAAAUUGGCCCUUGGUGAUUCCGCCGAGUCCGCACUUAACCUUCCAUUUUCUCCAAACACAGAACCAGCAAACAAGCAUCCAUCUACAAUGGAACUUGCAUGCCCUCUGUGCCGUGGGGAUGUUAAAGGAUGGACUGUGGUUGAACCUGCUCGUCAGUAUCUCAACCGCAAGAAGAGAGCAUGUGUGCAUGAUGCCUGCUCGUUCGUUGGUUCAUAUAGAGAACUUUGCAAGCAUGUGAACUCCAAACACCCUUCAGCAAAACCUCGUGAGGUUGAUCCUGCACUUGCAAGUGAGUGGAAAAAGUUUGAAUGUGAAAGAGAGCGCCAGGAUGCAAUCAGUACUAUCAGGGCUUCGAACCCAGGAGCUGUGAUUAUGGGGGAUUAUGUACUUGAAUUGAACGGUGGCAGCAACAACAGUAUGUUCGCUGAUGGAGAUGAAUUUGACUUGGAGAGACUCAACUUCUUCACUUCCAUGGAUCGCACCCUGAACGAGAGGAUCGACUUCUAUGAAUCUUCAGAAGGUAGUUUGGAUGAGAGCAUCGACUUCCUGGCAUCCUUAUUUGGCCGUGGCAGGCGGAUCACAAGUGGAGACUCACACAGCAGGGCUUACAGAAGGCACAGGGAGAGGCCUAGGCGUAACCACCUGGGCAUAUCAGUUGAUUCUUCUGAUAUCCGGCAAGAUCCAGUCAACACUCAAAGGGGGCAGCGAGUUGCUGCUGUUCGAGGGAGAGCCCCACGGCGGCACCAUCCUAUGGUGACUCACGUGAGGUCGACACGUGGGAGCUGAGGGUUUUAAACUGCCAUGGGGCCCUGUUCAUUCUAUCCAUGCGCGAGUUAGGCAAAAAUAACGCAGCUGUGAUGGGCAAUGCCUGGUUCUCAGAGGUCCAUCAGGUUCUUCCCUUUUCGCUUUGUUUCGUCGCUGAGACGGCACGCAGCAACAGAGGACGCAGGUUGGACUGGGAUCUCUCUGUUCGGCGAUGCUCAUGCCUGUAGUAUAUGCUCUGCUGCAUAUGAUUGGGGGCCAAAGCAGUGCUGUUUUUCCUGUGCUGCCUUGCAUGGAUUUUGAUGUGAAUGCCCCUUGCCUUUAUUUUAUUUUCUUGAUCAUUUGUAAAACUAUGGACGGGUUGUUAUCUGGCGAUUGCUACAUGUGUCGUUUGUAUUGCUGCGACGAACUGGAUUGUGCAGUCGAUUUGAUCCGCGAGCUUGUUAUUCAUGUGUGGAACUUCUUUAUGGUUCUAUUGUAUUAGCUAUUGCUGUGGCUUAUUAUCAGCCAGUUAUUGGUAUGUAAUAUUGUAGGCUGCUUUGGUACAAUAGAUGUGUACCUGGAUUGUUGAAAGAAUUCCAUUACCAUAUGCUUCUCU